AAUGUCUUCAUUGUCACUGAGUCAAGAGUUGCUAAAAGCCUCAAUGGCAAGUUUUACAGAAAACGAAACAAAAGUGUUAAAAAGCAAUAAACACUUUGAAAUUUAUUUGGAAUAUGUGACAUUGUACAGUGUUCUCAAAUUGAAAUGGACGGUUCAACGACAGUAUGCGUUACAAAUUUCGAAAAUUUGGCAAGAUAUGACAAGAAAAUUGAAUAAUUGUGGUGGACCUGUCCGAGAUGCUACCCACUGGAAAAAGGUGUUUACGGAAUGGAAAUCUCAUACUCGACGCAAGCUAAAAUUCAAUAAACCUUUAAACGAAUUAGAAGAAAGGCUUGUGAAGCUUAUCGGGCUUACUAGCAAACCAGAAAGGAAACAUCAGAUAAAAUUGCAAAGUUACACGAACUGUUUUACAAACAAGCAGGUUGGGAGCUCUUUUGUCGAAAAUAUGGCGAUUUUAUCAAACAUGAAAGAGGAAACUGAUAUAUGCGAGAUUCGUGAGAGAAGCAGACGUAGUGAGACAGGAGUAAUCAAUUCGAACUGUACAGUACAGGAAAAUAAAGCUUUGAGUGACUCUAGAAAUGAUACCCAAAAAAAUUGCCUUACCACAGAUGUGGUGGCUAAUGAAAAUACCCGAAAUGGAAUUUUGCAUACUGAAGGUUUACCGAUGAAUCGACUGUCAGAUAGUUCAACCCAAGUGGAUGACGAAUUGAUGGAAAUCUCUGGAAUUAGUGAUCGUGGAAGCAUUGGUAGAGGAUUGCAAAGUCUUGCAAAUGCACUUAAUAGGUACUGCGAAAUUGUUGAACAGAGAUUUGCCUGAAAACUAGUUACCGUUCAUACCUUUUCGUUGAUUGUGUGCUGCUGUAUUGUGGACUUUGUGUUUCUGUCAUAAAUUCUUUAAUAUAAAAAUAUUGUACCGAG